GUAUCGUUUACAGUGGGUGCUUAUUACCAUUCUACCCUUACUUUUACCCAAAAAUAACCGGUUUAAAUCUAAAACCCUUUCCGACCUCUAAAACCACUCGGGCCUCGACGAGAAGGAAGACGAACAAGGAGGAGGAGGAAGAAGAUCGAUUGGCGAGUAACCACCAUGAGCUCCUUCAAUGGAAGCAGCAACAUGGAUAACUUUCUACUCCAAACCCUACUCGGACGCCUCCAUAUUCGUCCCCCUAAUUCUUCUCCUCUCCUCUCUCAAUCCCUAGACGACCUCCUCCUCUCUCAAUCCCUAGACAACAGCGACGGCGAUGACGACGACGACGGAGAUUCUCGGAACAGCCUCGAUCGGGAAGAAGCCAGGCUGGAGAAGGAGCUGAUCCGCGUCAUCGUCUCGGGUCGAAUCGAUUCUCUGAAGGCGAAUUCAGGGCAGGCCGUGACGGUUAACGAGCUCCACAUCUGCGUUGGGUUCCAUGAGGACGAGGAGUCGGAUUAUCGUGUGUGGGAGUGGCACGGACAAAUCAUGCUUUUCGAUGAAGAGAAUGGGUACACACCUGAGUAUAUCUACGGUAAUUACUUCGAGAGGUUGCUGCCCAAGAAGAAGGAAGCGAAACAGGAGGCUGAGGAGGAGGAGGUUGAGAAUUUGGGUCUGAGAGAGCUGAUUGAUGGUGGUGGAGGUGAUGAUGCUCGUGGCAGGGUUAUUCACAGGAACAUCAACAUCGGUUCCUCGAGGGCCUAAGUGUUACUUUGAGCGACUUGGCAGUAGAUGUUACAUUGCUCAUGAAGAUUUCAAGAUGUGUGGAGUGAUGAGGACAACAAAACAUAACGCGUUGGUGGGGUUUACGGCUUCUGUUCUGUUCUAUUUAAACCAGUAAACCCAUGGGUGAAUCAGUUUCCUUUAAAACAACCACCUGAAGUUGUUUCUGAUCCAAAUUUACAAUACAUGUUUGAUGAACAGAGCCAGCAAAAAUUACAUGAUUAUGGUCAUUAAACUUUUCCCUUGUUUUGUGUAUUUUAUGUUCUUAGCUUGAAAAUCACUCAUUUCCCAAUAUUGAUGCAGCCGUAUUGUAACU